AUGUGUCUGUCAGUGUGUUGCCAGUCCAGAUGGGCUUGGCGGCCUCUUAGCGAGCGGUCCCUCGCGGCAAUUGAUCACGUGGGGAUAAGAAACGGUUUUUGUGGUAAUUCUGGCCCCUGCACCACGCUAAAACCGUGUUUCCUGUCUGGUGCAACGGUGUUGCCGUUUUCUUCUUCCCUCCUUCUUUUUCUCCCGUCGGGUUGGAUUCGCACUCCGGCUUUCUGGUUCCUGGAAACAAUUUCCGGCUCUUCACGUUGCGCCCUAUAUGUGCCCGCUGCUAUAGCGUCGACCGGAAUCUUAUUACGGCUACUAUGCCUGCGCAGAAAAGACACCGACGUCGAACCGUUCUCCAACUGCGAUGAAACAAAGAUGCCGGUGGUGAUGAGUCCCCGUUUUGACGCUGCUGCCGCUGCUGCUUCCACUGCCCGGACAUGGCAUCCUGGGGCUUCAGAUAUCGGGCUUUGCUUGAGCAGGGAGUCAUAG